AGUUGUGUUCAAAGCUCUCCCCUGUAACAAAGUUUCAGUUUGAACUUCCCUGCUUCUUUCUCUUCUUUUUUUUUUUUUUAAUCUUUUCUUGUUGGGAAACAUUUAAUUGUUUGUUUUCCUUGAAAGAGAAGCUUGAACCCAGAAAGGAAAAAACAAAAAAAAAGAGGGGAAUUGGAGUGAACCCCCUUUUCUUUUUUGAGUUAAGACUUUUUUUAAUACUCUGUUUCAUGGGGGUGUUGUUAAGGAUUUACGGACGGUUGGUUCUUUGGGUUUGACAACAAUGCCGGAAAUGGAAGAGGCGGGCAGUUGCAGCAGCAUAACCAGUAAGCUGUCGGAUAUCACCUUGUUUGGGAAAUACGAAAUUGGGAUGUUACUGGGAUGCGGGGCCUUUGCAAAAGUUUACCACGCGCGCAACGUGAGGACAGGGCAGAGCGUGGCCAUCAAAGCCGUGAGCAAACAGAAAGUUGUGAAAGGCGGGUUCAUGGAGCAGGUCAAGAGAGAGAUCGCUAUCAUGCGGCGGUUGCGCCACCCUAACAUCGUCAAGCUCAUUGAGGUGUUGGCUACGAAGGCUAAGGUUUAUUUCGUCAUGGAGUUCGCCAAAGGCGGGGAGUUGUUCACCCGGAUUGCCAGGGGACGUUUCAGCGAAGAUCUCAGCCGUCGCUAUUUCCAGCAGUUGAUUUCAACCGUCCGAUUUUGUCACUCGAGGGGCGUCUUUCACCGCGAUUUGAAACCCGAAAAUCUCCUCCUCGACGAAAACUGGAAUUUAAAAGUAACCGAUUUCGGACUCAGUGCGGUGAAGGAACAGAUCCGACCAGACGGCCUCCUCCAUACUUUAUGCGGAACCCCAGCUUACGUGGCGCCCGAGAUUCUGGCAAAGAAAGGAUACGACGGUACCAAAGUGGAUGUUUGGUCAUGCGGCAUCAUUUUAUAUGUCCUCCACGCCGGAUAUUUGCCGUUCAACGAUCCCAAUCUGAUGGUGAUGUACCAUAGAAUCUAUAAAGGAGAAUUCCGGUUCCCGAAAUGGACGUCCCCUGAUCUCCGGCGGUUCAUAUGUCGGCUUCUCGACCCUAAUCCUGAAACAAGGAUCACCGUCGAUGAAAUCAUGAACGACCCUUGGUUCAAGAAAGGUUACAAAGAAAUCAAAUUCCAUGGUGAAGAUUUUGAAUAUAAAGAAGAAACCCAGGGCCCGGGCACCAAGUGCUUAAACGCCUUCGAUAUAAUCUCAUUUUCAUCCGGUUUCGACCUCUCCGGUUUGUUCGUCGCGGCAGAGCUUUCAGUCCGAAGAGAGCGGUUUAUAUCGGGGGAGAAACCGGAAAGAAUAAUAGAGAGAAUCGAGGAAGAGAUCAGAGGAAUGGAGAACGUGAAGGUGAAGAAGAGAAGAGAAAAUGCGAUACUAUUAGAAGGACAUAAUUGUGAUUUUGUUCUUGCCGUAGAUAUUCUUCAGCUAACUGAAAAUUUGGUGGUCGUGGAGGUGGGGCGGCGGGAGAUUAACGUCGAGCCAAGCGGCGACAUUUGGAAAGAUAAGUUAUGGCCAAAACUUUCCGAUUUGGUAAAUAGAAAUUAAGCAAGGCAAGGUAGGUUUCUGGGUAAUCAAUAGAUGAUGAAAUUGUAAAGUCUUUACGGUAAGUCAGAAAACCAGCCGGUAAAAUGUUCUCGGCGGUUGUAGUAUACUAUGUACAUAUACAGCCAGAAAAGUUAAAAACAAGGAAACAAAACAAAAUGUGUAUGUUUUGUGUGAUAUAAUAAUGUCUUGUGUAAAUUGUCCGACAAAUCGGAGCAAAUCCAAUUCACCGACCGGGUUUCCUGUA